UCAUUUAGCCAUUUAGGAUUGAGGAUUGGGGAUUUGGGGAUUUAGGAUUGGGCAUUUGAGGAUUGAGGAUUGGGGAGUGUAUGCAAAUUAGGAGGCGUGGCCCAAAUACUGGAGGCUGGGUUUGAAAUGGCUGGUGCGCAGAGGCACCUUAUGGACAGCAGAGGGAGCUCCCAGUGCUAAGGAGCACACUGUCAGAGCGUCCUCUUCAGAGUAAAAGUUGUGGUUCUCUGCAUGCUCUGCCAUCCACAUUGGCUGCCAUAUUAACAAUGGCAAAGCCAGAGCUAGCAUCUUUGUUGAGACAGGCGCUGGACGUUUUGGACAAAGAAAAGGCUUCCAGUAACGUUGGAGAGGCUUCUUCCUCGACCACCACCUCGUCCAUUUUACCAACACCGAAAGUGUUCGGUCUAAACUCAACCCCGACUCGCGCCCACCAUGCUGUUCAAGACGAGCUGUCCAGAAUCUUUUCGCCAUAUAGCCGACCUGCAGCCAAAAAGAGGCCAGCAUCUCUGUGGUCAAUCAAACCAUCUAGUACCACCUCAUACACACACAAGUUCUUUUGUAUGAGUAGCAGAAAGGAUGACGAAGUCCCCUCACUGUCGUAUAAAGAAACGCUGACAGCUGCUGGAAUGGGGGAGCGUAAAAUAGUAUUCCCAGAUAAACUUUGCAGUGCUAGUGACUUCUCAGCACAGUUGGUCCACCACUAUCCCAAACUCGGGGAUGGGGGUGGUUAUGAACUGCUUCAUAUCGUCGGUUCAACCAGAAGCAAGGUGCUUGAGGUUCUGCCCUGCCCAAAAAAUGGAUAUUCCCCAAUGUACCUUCUCAGUGCUGAAGCAGGACUUGGCAAAGCCACUAUCUACAUUAGACCUCUGCAAAAAGAUCUGUGUCUAGAACCAGUAUGGGGGAGUUCUGCUGAUGAAAAUGAUGGACCAAUGGUUGAGUGCAUGUAUUGCCACAACAGUUUCAAACAUUCCAAUAUGCAGGAUCACGUAGACAUUUGUACAAGAGAUUUUGGCAACACAGAAACUCCCACAGUACAAGCUGAGUCUGACAACCAUGGAAAGAUGGACACCAGUACAGAAAGACAGACAACAUCAGAGGGCAGAGGUCAUAGACACACUCAAAAUGAGACUGACAUGUACAGGCAGACGCAGAUUGAAAGCAGUCAACACACUGAGAGACAGACUGAUAGAUGGCCACAAACCGACAGCGACCACCACAGACUCCAAAGGCAAUCGAGACAGAGAGAAGAACAGCCAUCAACCAGCAGUUACAAUGGUUCAGUCAACAUCUUUCAAUCUCCUGAAAAAAGUCAUAAUGCCGAAUGGAAAGCUGAAAAGGAUCCAGAAAAGGCAGCUGAGACCUACAGAAGGGAUUUACUGCAACAAUCAGAAACAUACAGGAGUCUGAAAUAUGUAAUGGAUAUGCAUGAGAGCCCAGAGGAGAAAGAGCAUGCAGUUGUGGUUUUCUACAAGCAGAAUAACAUCAACUGGGCCAGUCCAUUUUGUGUGUUUUUGAAAGAAUCGAGAGGCUGUGGCGAGAUGUUUACAUCUGUGUGUUGGAUGUUUUCCAUUCCAUCUUCUCAUGUUUGGAAAGCAUGGGUUUGCUACAUCCAGACAACGAGCUCCACCUGUAUGCUCUCCACUGGGUCUUCAUACCUGUGAUCCAGUCCCAUCUCGACUUCUUUGUCCAGGGAUGGAACAACCACAGCAUCCGAACUGCCAGGAAUAUGUCUCCCCUGCAAAUGUGGCAUGUGUUCAGGAACAGUGAAGAUAUCAUGCAGGUCAGUGAAGAAUAUGGGACUGACUGGAGUGGACCAAGUGCAGCAGGGGUGGACACUCAUCUUGACAUUCCAGAGACUGAGCUUCCAAGGCAGCUUACUGAAGCAGACUUUGCCCUUUUACCUCAACCAAGCACAGAGCAACGUGACUACGGUGUUCAACUUUAUUGUGAAACUGUGGAAGUAUUGUCUAGAUUAUUUUAAGGAGAACCAGGGCAUGUCCAAGAUACAGCACAACUACAGUAAUUCAGCCCCCCAACAGACCGGAAGACUUUGUCUUUGACAAACUACCCUUCUCCUUGUAGUCCUCUCCUGACAAAAUGCAUAUAUAUAUGCUCACAGAAGACAAGACACCGAACAUUUUUGAUAAAAAGUCCUUGAUUGAGAUUAAUUAACUGUAACAUGCCUGUAUUUUGCUUUACUACACUACUAAGAAAGACAAUAAAGUGUUAGUUACUAGUCAAGAUUUUUAUGGGGGAAAUCAGGCACCACAACAAUAAUUACAGGGAGAACAGAAAAGUACAGAAGGUAAUUUAAAGAUAUAACAAACAAAAUAAAUUCAUGUAAUUAUAGGUCUGUGGCGAGUGGGGCGGGGCCGAGAGGCGUGGGGAACAGGAGUGAGGCCAGGUGUAGUGAUUGGAGAU